CCACAUUAUCACAGUAUGUAUGCCAUAUUUAGUAUAUCUCAAACACCUCUAUCAAUAUAUCAACUGCAUUCUGGUUAACAAAGGAAAAUGAAAAGGGAAGUGAUAUAAAUGAUAACAUGUAUAUUUGCCUUUACAUGUUAAGAGCCCCUUUAUUGGCUUUACACAUUAUCUUUCUUUUAUUUCACAAGGGCAGACGAGGAAAAACAUUUGCCGCAGAAGAAAUCCAUCAUGAGAACUGUCCUUAGCCUACUUCUGAUUGCAGCUUUUCUACAGACCUGUUUAAAUGUCUGUUCUGGAAUUAUAGGAGGAAGAGAAGCAAAGCCACACUCCAGACCUUACAUGGCCAUAGUACAUUCUGGGAAAUUCUGUGGAGGCAUUUUAAUUAAAGAUGACUGGAUUCUAACUGCUGCCCAUUGUAUUUUAACUGAAAAUAAAACCACAGUGACCCUGGGUGCACAUUACGGAGACCAGGGAUCUCAUUUACAGAUUAUUGAUGUAAAAAGAUCUAUCACACAUGAGCAUUUUAACUGGACAAACUACCAUAAUGACAUUCAGCUUUUGCAGCUGGCAAAUAAGGCAAAGCUGGGAAAAUAUGUCAAUUACACAGUAUUGCCAAAGACAUAUGAAGAUGUUGCAGAUGGAACAGUCUGUGAAACUGCUGGCUGGGGGAAAACUGAACAUAGCAGACCGGCUGAUAAGUUAAUGGAAGUCAAUGUCACCAUUCUAGACAGAAAGCAAUGUAGCAGGAAAUGGAAAAAGUAUCAAAUAACUAAUGAAAUGCUGUGUACCAUUGUAGGGCCUGAAAGGAAAGAUGUUCGCAAGGAAGAUGCAGGGGGUCCGUUAAUCUGCAAUGGAGUGCUCAGAGGAAUCACAUCAUUUGGAGUCUUUUCAUGUGACCAGAUUGGGGAUGCAAGUUUUUUUUCUCGUCUUACCGAGGACUAUCUCUGCUGGAUUUAUAAAGUUGUCAGUAAAUGGUCUUAGGGCUCUUUAACCACUUAAGCCCCGGACCAUUUGGCUGGCCAAAGACCAGAGAACUUUUUGAGAU